CAAGGUACGUAACUCUGUCUUCUCUAAGGACGUCAGUACAACUCGCAGACAGAACUGGUGUGCAACAAGUUACGAAUGUGCCAGCGCAGGAGGUACUUGCAUGGACCCCGGGAGUUGCAACGCCCUUGGCGUAAACUGGCUCUGCGGCUCUUCAUCAUCUUGCAUCUGCUGUAUCCCUGAUGAUGGUGCUUGUUACCGUAUUUGGGAGUGUGAGGCAGCCUUAGGGGUAUGCAUAGAUCUUUCAGAAAUAUCGAAGUGCCCUGGUUUUCACGAGCCUAAUGGCUGCCUUGGAACCAACUGUACCUGUUGCCACUUUGGUUGCCCUACAACGUUUGACUGUUCAGCUGUUGGAGGACACUGCUUCCGAACAGACGGUCCCUACGUGUGUGGCGGAGAAGUCCUGGACUUAUGCGCCUUUGAUCUGUGUAAAUGCUGUGUGGAUCCUCAGUGCCCCAGUCACUCGGAUGAAGACGGUGGCUACGGGAGCAGCCAUGAAGGCAGCCAUGAAGACAGCCAUGAAGGCAGCCAUGAAGGCAGCCAUGAAGAUGACGGUAACUGUCAUGGACACAAUGACGUUUAUGGUCACCAUUCAGGUUUCUAUCGCUAUUAUGGUUAUGGUCCGAAUGAAGGAGGAGGUGCUCUCCAAGACCCUGCUGCUCUUCCUAACGACACAAUGGGAAGUCCUAUCCAAGACGCAAUGGAAAUUCAUGUCCCAGACGGUACUUCUACUUUCAAGGCACAAAAAUUUCCUGCUCGAAGGGUUCGUUUCGGUCCUUUCAAGGUUAACGGUUAUGGAGACGCCAAAGGAGCUCCACAGCCAGAUCCAAUGGCAGAAGGCUAACCGUUGCUACCAGAGGAAAGAAGUGGCGUUGUCUCCUUCUAAAGGUGUAAAGCUGUUCUAAGAAGACUAGGACUGACAUUCAUUAACAAUCAUAACUUGAUAUUCAUAAACUGUAAACUCUUGUGAUUCCUUGAAAUAUGUUUUCUGAAAUAUUAAGCUGUACUUCAUUCUUUAAAUAAAUAGCAAGCAUUG